GUCGGAAGUGACGUACUUGCCGCUUGACUGUCUCUUGUUUUCUUUCCGAUUGCGGUCCGUGUGUCGCGCGCCGCCCGCCAAUUUCGAAAAGUGCGACCCCGCUGCAGGGUUUUCCAUUUUGGUUUGUGAGAUUCGUGGUUUUUUGUAUUUGGUUUGUGUUCUGUUGCGUGACGUGAACUGAAUUUUGUUUGUUUUGUUUGGUUUUCCGCUGAUCAUGGAUUAUGAUGAUACAUAAAAGAUCCGUUCCGAUUGGUAUUUCUUGCGCGUUUCGUGCGGCCCAGUAACUAUACGGGGGCUGUCCGCUAAGUAUCGACCGCAAGAUGCGGUCUCAAUGGACCGCCGUGGUGUUGCUGUCGAGCGUUGCGUGCUUGGUCGCGUUCGCGGUUGGUGAGGAGCACUUCUACACCCAAGGUGGCAGAUGUCCCAGACCGUGCACCUGCGUCGGCACCGCAGUCGACUGCUCCAGGAGAGGGCUGGCCAACGUUCCCAGAGGUAUACCUUUGGACACCGAAAGACUGUAA